CGGGACGGUCGGUGGGGGGCUGUCUCAGUGAAGAAAAGAAAUGGCGAUGCUCGGAGGGUUUAGCGCAGCACAGCACAAGAAAAACGUCUCUGACGGGAGCAGCGACAUGUCAGAAUUCGUCUGUCCAGUCUGCCUCGAAAUUUUCGACAGUCCUGUAAAGACACAAUGCGGCCAUACGUUUUGCCAGAGUUGUCUGCAGGAGUGUUUGCGUCCACAGAAGCCUGUCUGCGCUGUAUGUAGGGCCUCGCUGGGCCAAAACUGGACUAAAGCUGCUGAACUAGAGGCCCUCAUCCAAUCAUCUGUGGCGGCUUGCAAGGGGUGUGGAGCUCAGAUUGGCCUUUCUCAGAUGAGAAGCCACACAGCUGCCUGUUCAAAAUACCAGGACUACAUUGAGGAGGGAGUUAGGACCACUGCCCAGACCCAGCCUGCCAUCAUCAGUCCAGUGCCAAAUCGCUACACCUUCACCUGCCCAUACUGCAACUGCCAGAACCUCGAUCAGGACGGCCUAGUUGAACACUGCACUUCCCAGCAUGCUCGAGAUGCACGCCAAGUAGUAUGCCCCAUCUGUGCCUCAAUGCCUUGGGGGGACCCUAACUACAGGAGUGCUGACUUUUUCCAGCACCUGAAGAUCAGACACACCUUCUCCUAUGAUACUUUUGUUGACUACUCCACAGAUGAGCACACAAUGAUCCAGGAGGCUCUACAACGCUCCCUUUUGGACAACUGAAGUGUGAGGAACAAUCCACCAGAAGAAAGAUCCAGUGAAGUGAAGGGGAGAUGGUGACGUGAAGUCUUCUGAAGACAGAAUACCACACUUUAUCAUCAUUCAUCUAUCAUGAGGAUGGUGGUACUACAUUGCUGUGGGUAAUCAGUUUCACACGGGAUUGGUAUUGUAACUAUGAAUCUAUAGGUUUAUUAUUAAGAUAAUAAAUCACGCAAUAUGGUUAAAAAAAGCAUAUUGUACUGUCUGAUUUAGGAGUGAUACUGUGUUUCUGGUGUGAUAAUCUCUUACCUUCCCCCAGUUGAGUCUGUAGAUUUGAUAGUUUGUUGAAUAUCUACUAAACUAUGUUUAUUAAGCUGUUCGUUCAUUUAUGACAUGGUGUCAUAUAGCCAAAAACUUCCAAAGUUGUAAUUAAAAUUCCCUGUUGUCAAUACUUGAUGUUAUAAAAGGGUUUGACCACUAGGUGGCUAACUAUUGCCAGCAAACAACAAACUUCACCCAGUGAAGUCAUCAGUCAAGUAAUGUUAACAAUAAUAUAUAAUCUCAAGAGUGACGAUGCAUGUUUACUCUCAAAAGAGGGGAAUUUGUUUUUUUGUUUCUAAGUUCAUUAGCAGAUGUCUUUUUUAUGCUGUUUCUGGGUGAAGUGUGUGUGUGUAUGUAUGUGUGUGAGAGAGAGUAUGUGUUUGUUCUGUUUUCAGAGAUCUACUGGAAAGAAUAAAUAAUACGAGGGUCAAACAAAGCCAGAGAUGGCUGUUUGCUUUAUUGUAAUGUUUCUCCCUUAUGUCUUUGUGCCUGCUGGUAGAUCUUGUUUCUGACUUCCAAAACUCAUAGGGCUAACACUUCAUCCGGUGAACCAAAACAUGCAAGUAGGAGACCAUCAGUGUGUCAAAACUGGUCAGUUAUGUGAUUUUUUUUUUUUUUUUUUUCCAUGUGGCGAGACUUUCUUUGCAUGUUUAUAGCCAUAGGAGGGCAGUAGAGUUCCACCGUUCUCUGGCCACCCAUGACAGCCGCUGACCCUCACCAGCCUCCUGGCUCUGUUGCAAGACAUAAUUCAACACAGAUUUCAUGCUAUAAAUGUGCUUUACUCAGUGUGUUGUUCUCUGACUUUUUUAACUGGGUUUUGUGCAUCAAAUGCAGCAUGCAAAAAUUUCACUGGAAACUGAGGUUUUGGGGGGGGG